AUGGAACGGAUGUUAUCGUGGGACAGGAUCAGACGGAACAGGCUGAAGCUAAGGGAUCACUUCGCCCUCAAUCCAAAUGAUUUACUCCCCAGUUUAAUGCACAGGAAUGUUAUCACAUUCAUAGAAGAUCAACAGAUUCGUAUGAAGCCAUACCUUCCUGAACAAUUUGAAGAAUUCUUUGACAUCCUCUUCAUGAAAAACCCACAAGAAUGCAUCCCCAAGUUCUAUGAGGCACUGGUGGACAUUAACAGAGAGAGUAUCAGGGAUUUCUUGCAAGGGGUCACGGGGCCAUCUGAUGAUAAUCGUGAUGCCCAGUUUUGACGUAUUGAAAGACAAGAACGUCAUCAUGAACUUGGAACGCUUCCUCGACAUUCUUGCAAGAAGAUGGGUCUUGUCUGUUAUAGACGAAAAGGAUAUAAGACAGAAGCGAACCUACAGAGCAAAAUUGAGGCCUGAUUCGAAGUACUCCUCAUAGGAGAAGCCGAGGAGCAGUAUGGCCAUGUAAUCGAAACCCUGAGAGAAAUGGAUCGCGGUGACAUCAUCAAGAAGAUCCAAGUCACCAUGAGGAGGAGCAAUUAGAUUCAAAUUCACAUUUCGAAGUGAACCAUGGUGAU